UGAAAGUCGAUACAUCCCCAACCCCACCUUUUAAAAUCCCCCACCCCUUUCCUCCUUCCUUGCAAACAGUUCCCCUCUCUGUUCCUUUCAUCUGUCUCCGUGACCAUCAUGGCCACAGAAGAAGUCAAUAAACCUCCUUCCCUUCCAUAUUCCGAGAUGAUUCUUGCAGCAAUUGAAGCUUUGGAUGACAAGAACGGAUCCAGCAAAUCUGCAAUCUCAGAAUACAUCGAGUCAUCUUACGAUGAUCUCCCGCAAGACCACUCGACGCUCCUGGCUGACUACCUCAACAGAAUGAAGGAAUCUGGUGAGCUUACCAUGCUCAAGAACAACUACAUGCGGCCCAAUCCUGAUGCUCCGCUGAAGAGGGGGCGUGGUCGUCCACCCAAAGCGAAGCUGCCAAUCCCACCUGGGACGGUCGUUUCCCCACCGCGGCCACGUGGCCGUCCGCCAAAGCCUAAGGACCCUUCGGAUUUGGCAGCUGCACCAGUUAAGGUUUCUGGCCCGCCCAGACCCCGUGGACGCCCCCCAAAGAAGGCCCGUCCUGCUGUUGGGAUGUCAACGGGCUCGCCUAGGCCUCGUGGGAGGCCACCAAAGGCAAAGGCGCCAUUUGCAGUCGUGGGUUUGGACUGAGAUGAGUAGUUUGUGCUGAUUUACUCCCUCCCCCUUUCCUUUUUAGUUUUACCUUUCCUUUUGUUAUAAAAUGAGUGUGUUUGUUGUAAUUGCAUGUACAUUAUGCAGCUGUUGAAGCCUCUAGUUUCUUCUCUAUCUUCAUUUGGAAUGAGUCUGGUCAUUGUACACUCUUAUCUCUGCACAUGUGGUGGACAUGUAUGAGAUCUGAACUGUUCAUCUGUUGGGUCA